AAGCAUCAGAGAACUCACACAGGGGAGAAGCCUUUUGAAUGUACAGUAUGUGGAAAGAGAUUCAGUCAGAUGGGCAGUCUUCGAAAGCAUCAGAGAACUCACACAGGAGAGAAACCUUUUGAAUGCUUGGAGUGUGGAAAGAAAUUUAGUACAAGUGGCAGUCUUCAAUCGCAUCAUAGAACCCACACAGGGGAGAAGCCUUUUGAAUGCUCAGUGUGUGGAAAGAGAUUCAGUGAGAGUGGUCAUCUUCAACAGCAUCACAGAACUCACACAGGGGAGAAGCCUUUUGAAUGUACAGUGUGUGGAAAGAGAUUCAGUCAGAUGGGCAGUCUUCAACAGCAUCACAGAACUCACACAGGGGAAAAACCUUUUGAAUGUUUAGUGUGUGGAAAGAGAUUCAGUAGGAGUGGCCAUCUUCAACAGCAUCAGAGAACCCACACAAAGGAGAAGCCCUUUGAAUGCUCAAUGUGUGGAAAGAGAUUCAGUCAGAGUGUCAGUCUUCAAGAGCAUCAGAGAACCCACACAGGGGAGAAGCCUUUUGAAUGCUCAGGUUGUGGAAAGAGAUUUAGUACGAGUGGCAGUCUUCAAAAACAUCAGAGAACCCAUACAGGGGAGAAGCCUUUUGAAUGCUCAGAGUGUGGGAAGAGAUUCAGUCACAGUGUCAGACUUCAAGAGCAUCAGAGAACCCACACAGGGGAGAAGCCUUUUGAAAGCUCAGAGUGUGGAAAGACAUUCAGUCAGAGUGGCCAUCUUCAAACGCAUCAGAGAACUCACACAGGAGAGAAACCUUUUGGAUGCUCCAAGUGUGGAAGGAGAUUCAGUCGGAAUGACAAUCUUCAAGAGCAUCAGAGAACCCAUACAGGGGAGAAGCCUUUUGAAUGCUCAGAGUGUGGAAAGAGAUUCAGUCAGAGUGGCAAUCUUCAAAAGCAUCAGAGAACUCACACAGGAGAGAAACCUUUUGGAUGCUCCGAGUGUGGGAAGAGAUUCAGUCAGAGUUGCAAUCUUCAAGAGCAUCGGAGAACCCACACAAAGGUGAAGCCUUUUGAAUGCUCAGAGUGCGGAAAGAGAUUCAGUCAGAGUUGCAAUCUUCAAGAGCAUCAGAGAACCCAUACAGGGGAGAAGCCUUUUGAAUGCUCAGAGUGUGGAAAGAGAUUCAGUCAGAGUGGCAAUCUUCAAAAGCAUCAGAGAACUCACACAGGAGAGAAACCUUUUGGAUGCUCCGAGUGUGGGAAGAGAUUCAGUCAGAGUUGCAAUCUUCAAACGCAUCAGAGAACCCACAUAGGGGAGAAGCCUUUUGAAUGCUCAGUGUCUGGAAAGAGUUUCAAUCAGAGAGGCAAUCUUAAAACGCAUCAGGAAACCCACACAGGGGAGAAACUUUUUGAAUGUUCAGAG